CUUCAGUUCCCACCCGGAACGCCAAUGCGGUGCACAUUAAAACAUGGCGGCCAACAUAGAGCAAAUUUUCCAAGAUUUCAUAUUAAAUAAAAUCCGGGAAAUUGAAGACCAGCAUGAAGACCAAGCUGAUGCUGAAAGAGGGGGGGACUGCAGAGAAAUGGAUGGAGCACCAAAGGCCUCUGCAAAGACACACAGAGACUUCAGAAGCAGCACUUCACACAAGAAACACAAAAAACACAAAAGCAAGAGAAAGAAGAGGAACCGAGAGAAGGAGAGUAGCUCAGACUGCGGCGCAGAGCUGAAGCAAAGAGCUAAACAUCAGUCACGAAGAGGAGCAGCAGCAGAAACAAACACUGAGCGAGGUGGGGGUCAUGAGAGUAAAUCCAGAUGCCGCAAGCAGCACUCAGCAGGAAAGAGGAAGAAGAAGAAAAGGAGGAAAGAUGAAGAAGAUUCCUCCGACUCCGACUCUGCAUUUGUGUUAAAGCAUACCAAACUGAAACGGAGAGAGGAGCUGCCGGACAUAAUCCCAAAGCAGGACAGCUCCAAUAAAGGAAUAGGAGAUGAGGAAAGACAUGGCAGAAAGGAUUGUAGUUCACUGUCACAUUCCUGCUCCCACCCACAUUCCUGCUCACUGAGGAACUCUGACGCUCAGAGUAGACACUACCGUCAAAGGUCUAGGACUCGCUCCCUGUCCAGUACACAAGGCCACAGGACACGCUCCAGCUCCUCAGAGAAGAAAGAUUUAGAUGAAUCCUUUCAGUCCCACCAAUGGCCUCCCAAGUGGCUCCAGCAAACUCAGGGUACCCUCAGCUCCACUGAAUGUAAUAUACAAGCAGGGGAGCUGAGUGAGCCGGGCGUAACAGAGCUGCAGAUCCCAAACCAGAGUGUGUCAGGAGACAGGAAAGGAGAGGAACCAGAAAAACUAGAAACGUCAGCUUCUGCUGUAUCCAAGUCCAUGCCAAGCCAGUCCAUAUCUGCUGAACCUUACUUGACCACCGAGCCCAGCUUCCUUCAGUGCAAGGCAUCAGAAUAUCCAAAGUCCUUUCCUGCAAACGUGAAAUCGUCUGGAAAGAAAAGGAAAAGAUCGAAGUCUCCACACAGGAAAAAAGAGGAGAAGUCAUCAAAGAAGCAGAAAAAAUCCAAGUCACCGCGCAGAGGCUACAAGAGGGAAUCCAGAUCCGUGAGCCCUUCACUUAGGAAGAGAUCACGUUCAAGGUCACGGGGCCGCAGGUCAAGGAGGUCAUCCUCACGGUCAGUGUCACGAAGUCGGUGGAGGGUCGCUUACAGCCAGAGAGACCGCUGGAAGCGUGAGCCGAGUCGUUCCCCGGUGCUCAUCCUCCGCAAAAACAGAUCACCCUCCCGGAAACACGGCAGCUCGAGUAGCAGCCCUCAGCGCAUCAGUGAACUGGAUAAGGACCAGUUGCUGGAAAUUGCCAAGGCCAACGCUGCUGCCAUGUGUGCCAAAGCUGGCAUGCCCAUCCCUGCCAGCCUGAGAUCCACAGUGCUUCCUCUGGCUCUGCCAGCUAUGGCUAUGAAUGCUGCAAUGGCCAGUAUGACUGCUGCCACGGUGACAGCAGCCUUGUCUAACAUUGGCUCGUUGUCGUCGCUGCUUCCUCUGCCUUCCAUUACACACAAGCCGCCUCCAGCCCCCACCCAACCCAACACUGCAGCUUUGGAGGAAGUGAAAAGGAAAGUAGCAAAGCAGGCCAACAGCCUCAGCAUUAAAGAGUUUACUGACAAAUGCAAGAUGAUUGUGGACAGUACAGAAGAGCUGCCGGUGGCAGUGCCUCAUGUUUCCGAUGAGGAGGAUGAUCAGAAGCCCUUUGGAGGAUCAGCUCUACGAGAACCAAAAGCAAUCAGCUUCAGCAUUAAUAACCCGACAGUUCGUCCAGUGGUCCGUAGUGACGCAGGCAUGGCCAAGGAGUUCCCGGUGUCUUCAGGCUCACAGCAUCGUAAGAAGGAAGGAGAGGCACUGGGUGCUUAUGGAGAAUGGGUGCCAGUUGACAAAACCACAGACAAGGCUGCUGGUUCCUCCGCCAAACCCCAAACAAAUGUUCUGCCAGCAGCGCCCAGCUCAGCAUCAGGUGACCCAGCAGCAGGGCUCCCAGAAGGAGGUGAACAGCCAGCGUUUGUGACAAACAGUGACAAAGUUUUUCCUGACCCACAACUGCAGCCAGUAGACAUCACUCAGGCUGUAACUGAGAGGAUCAAAGCUCAGAGGCGAUUGGCUGAGAACCCCUAUGACAUCAGUGCCAUCCGCAUGCUCACCCGAGCGCAGGAGCAGGUAGAUGCCUGGGCCCAAUCCAACACUGUUCCUGGUCUCUUCACUGGUUCAACUGGAGCUCAGGUCCUCAGCUCUGAAGAGCUGUCUACCAGUGGACCACAGGCAUGGCUGAAGAAGGACCAGUUUCUAAGGGCAGCCCCUGUGUCAGGGGGUGUCGGGGAGUUCCUCAUGAGAAAGAUGGGCUGGAAGACCGGCGAAGGCCUGGGACGGAACCGCGAGGGUACCGUGGAACCCAUCGUUAUUGACUUCAAGGUUGACCGCAAAGGUCUAGUUGCUGAAGGAGAGAAGUUACAGAAGCAAACAGGUGGACUGGUAGUAACCAAGGAUCUAAUGGGGAAACACCCAGUGUCUGCUCUCAUUGAGCUGUGCAACAAGAGGAAGAUAAUGCAGCCGGACUUUGUCAUGGUUCAUCACAGCGGUCCAGACCACCGCAAGAACUUCCUUUUCAAGGUCACAGUGAAUGGUGUGGACUACCAGCCGCAGACAGCCAGUCCCAAUAAGAAGCAUGCCAAGGCCAUGGCAGCCACAGUAGCCCUGCAGGCUCUGGGAGAGGUUCCUGUGGAUGGACCGGGACUCUACACUGGCCCCGUCUUCACUGCUGCUUCCACGGGCCCCCUUUUCUCCACGUAGGCAGAAGCUCCUCAGCGGCCUGGAAGCUGGACCUUUUGAUUUGUCACAGCAGGAAAGCAGAGACUCUAAAGACGUCCUGUUUGUGCCGUUAUUAAUUUGCUUGUGCUUUCCCUGUUGUCACAGUCUCCUGUGUAGCUCCUUAAAUGCUCGUACAGCUGGGGUCAUGGGUCACGGGGAACUGGAGCCUGCCCUGUUGCUUCAGGUGACCACAGCACCCCCACCGGCCUGUCGGUCUGUUUUAUAUGGUUUAACUUUUAUCCCAGUCAAUAACCUGUCCAUCAUUUCAGUUU